GCAAUCUCUGAAAGCCUGGCGUAUCCGCUGAAUCAAGACGCCUAAAAUCCACUCGAGUUCACACCAUGCCGUCUGGAUCGUGCUCCUGUGGGAAGAUCAAGGUCUCUGUCGAAGGAGAGCCGGUUGCGCAGGGUCUAUGCCACUGCUUAGACUGUCGCAAAGUCAGCGGAAGCGCCUUCACCGUGAACGCGGUCGUGAAAGCCGAGCAUUUUCACGUGACGGGAACCCCAAAGGCGUGGCACAAGGUCGCCGACAGCGGAAACAAGAUCGUAAACUACUUUUGCGGCGACUGCGGGUCGCCGGUCUACGGCCGGGGAAGCUUUGGCGACAAUUACGUCGUGCGAAUGGGACUCAUGGACCAUGACGGCCUUGAGGGUGCAAAGCCCAGUGUGGAGUGCUUUUCUGAGCGCCGGCUGACUUGGAUUUCGCCGUGCGAGGGCGCGAACAGCCUCGUCGGGAUGGGAAAUGCUCAUUCGAAAGUGGCGGAGUCUAAAGCUUGACUCUUCUCUUCAUAAAUUCAAAUCGGAACGCCAGUGAAGCUUAGGUCGCCAGAUUUGGCCGUGGACGGCAUGAAAAUAAAGCAACGCCCAAUGAAAAAAGCAGUUAAUUGAAUUGCACAAUCAAACAGACAGGACGCGAUUCUCGAUAGCGACAGCGUAGAGUUCGCUUCUAAGAGGGGUAUCAUCUUAUCUAGCAACAUGGAAGACGUUUGAGUAGAGAAUCGUAAAUCGUUUUCGAAACCAAC